AUGCUGAGGAGAAUGGGAAACCCCACCAGCCGCUUUGCCAAUGCCACUUUGGUCCGACUUGCUGAGUAUUUGAGUGCCGGGUACAAGAAAGGUGUGCGUCCCGUGCGAGACUGGCGAAAAUCAACCGUGGUGGCCAUCGAUCUUAUGGUCUAUUCCAUCCUGAAUGUGGAUGAGAAGAACCAGGUUUUGACUACAUAUGUGUGGUACAGGCAGCAAUGGAUUGAUGAAUUCCUUGUCUGGAACCCUGAAGACUUUGAUGACGUAAAACAAGUUUCCAUCCCUACCGCCAACAUCUGGGUGCCAGAUAUACUCAUCAAUGAGUUCGUGGACGUGGGAAAGUCCCCAGACAUCCCGUACGUGUAUGUGGGGAACAGGGGCCUGGUGAGGAACUACAAGCCCAUCCAGGUGGUGACGGCCUGCAGCCUGAACAUCUACAACUUCCCCUUCGACGUCCAGAACUGCAGCCUCACUUUCCAGAGCUGGCUGCACACCAUUAAUGACAUUAACAUCUCACUAAUGAGAACGCCAGAGGAAGUGAGGGUGGACAAGAGCGUCUUCAUGAACCAGGGAGAGUGGGAGCUCCUGCAUGUCCUGUCAAAAUACAAGUCCUUCAGCAUCGAUGCCAAUGACCACUACGCAGAAAUGAAGUUCCACGUUGUCAUUCGACGGAGACCUUUGUUCUACACAGUCAACCUCCUCCUGCCCAGCAUAUUCCUCAUGCUGAUGGACAUUGUGGGUUUCUACCUGCCUCCGGACAGUGGAGAGAGGGUAUCCUUUAAGAUCACUCUCCUCCUGGGCUACUCCGUGUUCCUCAUCAUCGUGUCUGACACUCUGCCCGCCACCGCCAUCGGCACACCACUCAUCGGUGUGUACUUUGUUGUGUGCAUGGCCCUGCUCGUCAUCAGUCUGACGGAGACGGUGUUGAUCGUUCGCCUGGUUCACAAGCAGGACCUCCAGCCAAGGGUCCCGGAGUGGGUGAAAUACCUGGUUCUGGAGCGGGCCACGGCCUUCCUCUGCAUCCAGAGCAGAAACCAGUUCUGCUCCAUACUGUCACAAGGAACGGACCUGCACCACUUCAGGGAGAACAACAUGAGCAUGGUCAGAUGCAACCACCGCAGCUGCGAGAACGCUAAGGACAGCGAGCGGGGUUUGGGAAUGCCCUUGUCGUCCCGGGACAGCAUUCCCGUCCUGGACAGCAUCCUGCGGGAGAUCUCGUCCAUCCGGCAGUUCCUGGACCGGCGGGACGAGUGCCGGGCCAUCGCGCGGGAGUGGCUGCAGGUGGGCUAUGUGCUGGACGUGCUGCUGUUCCGGGUCUACCUGGCCGCCGUCCUGGCCUACAGCAUCACGCUGGGCACCCUGUGGUCCGUGUGGCAGAACUCCUGA